AUGGCUGCUGCUGCCAUCGCCGUCUCGCUUUCCACGAUCGCCCAUGAACUCGGCGGAGUACUUCCUCCAAGGGCUAUUCUUCAAAACGCGCCCCGCCAUGGCCGAAGCCGAGGCAUGAGUGUCAAGGGGAAGGGAGGCCGGCACCGUGGCUACAGCGUGGUUGAAGAGCGGGACGUAAGCAUUGCUAAGGCUUUGGUAUUCGUGAUUAAGAGGGCGAUGCAAAUGCAAGAGGUCGUUGAAAGUGACGAAUGCGAGCAUGUUGCGGCAGAUCCUGAGAGCUGGGCCCCAGCCCCUGACCUAGUAAGUAUUAUAGGACAUUGA